GUGCUUCCUAUAAAGAAAAACAUGUCCAUGACGCAAAUAUAAAUUAUUUAAACAAUAUAAGACCAUUUUACAAUUGAACAAUACUAUCAAUAAGCAUGGUUUAUACUUGAUUACUGAUAAUAUUGUCGAUAAAAAAAGAGAAGGUAUUUGUCUAUCUAAAUCUUUUAAAAACAAUGAUUGCUCACUUCUGUAAAUAAAUAAUUAUAUUAACUACAUCGAGAUUUACACAUGGCCCUAUAACGUGAGAGAAUGUUUCAAUCUGACAUAUUGGUGAGCAAAAAAAGAAGCAUACAUGACUCAGUCAUUUUCCGAUUGUCGUGCACUCAACAUCUCAAUGUAUUUGAUAUUAAACUGUGAUUAAUAUCACAAACGUGUAAUGAUUAACUUCAAGUGUUAGUGUCUAUACAUUCCUCGACGCCGAAUCAUAUAUGUCUGAAAUUCUCAAGAUUGAGUUCAAAAAUUAAAUGAAUCAUCUUUUAGAGUUUUUAACUUUUGAUGAGUGUAAUUUCAUAUUUCGAUUAACUGAUUUGUAGUAAAAAGAGGAAAAAAUAAUAACAGAUCCAAUGAAGAUGAUGCGCCAAAUUUCGGAAAUUUCAUAUGUUGGAGGUUUUAGAUUAAUAAGGAUGGCGAGUGGACCAGAUAGAGAAGCUCAAGUGACCAUUCCCCUACAAUACAAUGAUAGUCAUUGGAAAAAUAUUUUUGAAAAGUAUGACUUAGAUGGAGAUGGCAGGAUAUCAUUCCAUGAAUUGAAGGCUAUGAUUCGAGGUUCUAGUUAUAAUGACGAUAUUCCUCCACGAGUUGUAAGACUUAUAAUGCAAAAAGCUGACUUGAAUGAUUCUGGAUACUUGGAAUAUCCAGAAUUUAUUGCGAUGAUUCAUAGAAAAGAUAUGCAAGGAGUUUUCGGACACUUCCUUUCUCGAUAUGUACAUACCAUGGUACCACAAAGACCCGUAGUACCAUCACAACAAGUUGUACGAGCCAAUACUGAUUUUCCGGAUGGUUUAUAUGAAGAAGAAUAUAGCUGCAGACCACCAGCAAUAGCAAUGAUAAUUAUUUCAAUUAUUGAAAUAAUUUUAUAUUUAUAUGAUGUUAUUGUAGAAAAAACUUUGACAGGACCAGUGUCUACAUUAUUUAUAUACAAUCCACACAAGAGAUAUGAAGCUUGGAGAUAUCUCACAUAUAUGCUGGUUCAUGCUGGAGUGUUCCACAUACUAGUUAAUUUGCUGGUUCAAAUCAUGCUUGGCAUUCCACUAGAAAUGGUGCAUAAAUGGUGGCGCGUUUUGAUCAUUUAUAUUGCUGGAGUGAUUGCUGGAUCUCUUGGAACUUCAGUAUCUGAUCCAGAAGUUUAUCUUGCUGGUGCAUCUGGCGGCGUAUAUGCUCUGAUCACUGCCCACGUUGCAACAAUCUUAAUGAACUGGCGUCAAAUGGAAUUCGCAGUGCUCCAGCUGUGUGUUUUUAUUGUUGUUACAUCCGUAGAUGUUGGUCAGGCCAUUUAUAAGCGUUAUGUAUUAGGAACUAAAGAUCAAAUUGGUUAUGUAGCCCAUUUUGCUGGCGCAAUAGCCGGUCUAUUAGUUGGAAUUAAUGUUCUACGCAAUCUAGAAGUGCAAACAUGGGAAAAAGUUGUUUGGUGGGCUAGUAUUUUUACUUAUACUGCAUUAAUGGCUGCUGCCAUACUCUGGAAUAUCCUUUAUCCUUCAUAUUUUCCAACUCCGAUGUAAAAAUAUUUCAUCAGUAUUUCUCUAUUAAUCAUUAGUAUUUACAAAUUUUAAUUGCUACACAAAAUUGUCAGUAUUUCGUCAAAUUUAUCAUUACGUUUUUUCAUUCAUUCAUUCAUAUUUAAUAUCCGAAUUUUAUAUUUAUAUAAGUUUGAAAUGAAACUUAGAUAUCUAUAUUAAUUUUUAAUCAGUUCAUUUUUUAUGGCAUCUUAAAAAUUAGUUUAAUAAGGAAGUAUUUUAGUAAAAAAA